UUUACAUUUAUACACACCUCUAUUUUUUUUCUCUAUAAUCUUAAUCUAUACUCCAUGGUAUCGUCCUCGUCUCAAAUCGUCUGUCACUUCAUAUAAUAUUGGGUGAUUUUGGAUUUUAUCGUUUUUACAUUUCAUAAGCAUUAAUUUUACAAUUUAGUGAAAUGGCAAAGAAGACCUACGACUUGUUGUUUAAACUACUCCUCAUUGGAGACUCGGGAGUUGGAAAGACGUGUAUAUUGUUUAGGUUUUCAGACAACCACUUUACAACGACGUUUAUAUCUACGAUCGGCAUAGACUUUAAAAUAAAGACUGUGGAACUUCGAGGUAAAAAGAUUAAGCUUCAGAUAUGGGACACGGCAGGGCAGGAAAGGUUCCACACCAUCACCACGUCGUACUACCGUGGCGCAAUGGGAAUCAUGCUAGUAUACGACAUCACCAAUGAAAAAACAUUUGAUGACAUUGUGAAAUGGCUACGGAAUAUAGACGAGCAUGCUAAUGAGGAUGUGGAGAAGAUGAUACUAGGCAACAAGUGUGACAUGGAAGAGAAGCGUGUUGUGAGCAAAGAGCGAGGAGAAGCGAUAGCGCGCGAGCACGGCAUCCGGUUCAUGGAGACAUCGGCGAAGGCCAACAUUAACAUCGACCGAGCGUUCUCGGAGCUGGCGGAGGCCAUCCUGGACAAGACGUCGGGCCGCGAGGCGGACGCGGACCACGCGCGCAUCGCUGUAGAGCGCCGGCCGUCGCGCGCGCCGCCCGCCCGCGCCUGCUGCUCCUAGGCGGCCGCGGCCCAGCGCCACGCUACUCCGACCGACUGCCGAUAUCCUUUGGCUGUUGAAGCUUAGUAAAGACGCUAGUUUCCGUGAUAACUUAAGUAACCCACGUCGCGUACAGCUGAAAGAGCCAUCGGGUACAGGCGCGUACGAGCAGUGUGCCCGCCGGUGCCGGCUCUGUACCGGCACCUAUAACGUUCGGCAAAUCGCUGCCGUUCGCUGUCAUUUGCUUUCAUCAACGGAAGACUCCUUGAGAUUGUUUGAGCUUGUUGAGUGUCAUCACGUUAAACAUUUUCAAGGUUAUCUUCCAAACCAUGGGUGAACGUUGUUACACCAAAUCAACAUUAAAGCUUUUCAAUAUUGGUUGUUGUAAUUAAAGCUUGCGACACUAAUCGAAUAAUCGCCCAUGAAAUGUCUAGUCGCAUAAUAAAAUCGGGUGCAAUAGAUAAAGUAGGCUCGAACAGAAAAUCUUGAACAAUCUUGUCUCAAAUAUUGAAGUGUCGCAUGUUAAGUUAUUGUUCUUCGCUUCACGAUGUUUUAUACUUGUAAUAUUAUGUGUAGGGUGUAAAUUAACAAAGUUAACUGCAACCAUUCAGCCGCAUCUCAUACAAAGGCUGAGUGAGUGCGAACUGAACCAUUUCUGGAAAGCGCAACGCACAUCUCGCGUACAUACAGCUCGGCGCACCCGUACGUUGGCCCGCACUGGAACCACUACUCACGUUCGCCGAGUUGUUACUCUCCUUCAAAGCAAACCUGUGCUGCGAGUAUAGUUAAUUAUUUAAGUAAGUAGACUAUAGUUAUGUACGUUGAUGAAAUAAAAAGUAUUUUAUCGUAUGGUGUACCAUGUGUUUCGUCGGUUUUUACCUGCUUUUAUAAAUAAACAUCAGCAUUGUAUAUUAUGUUCAUAUUAAACUACUAUCGAAAU